UCUUUCUCGCAAGCACGAGAUACUAAACGCGCAGUGAAAGGUCGCUCCUGGAAAGGCGAAUAAUGUCACAAACAUUUCCAUGAGACAAUAAGAUGCUGUCUGCGGCCACCUUUGCCAUAUAAUAAUAUCAACCGAAAGAAUAAGGUCUCGUAGUCUGGAAAACUAUGACUGCCACUGAAUGGAUGAAAAAGGAACCAAUCGACGUCGUUUAUGCUGCGUAUUUUGUAUGUUAAAGGUCUCAAAGGGUUCGCCGUUCUCACAACCCUUAUAAAGAAAACUCAUUGCCCUCUAAAUCACCAGAGUGCUACCCGGAUAUUCCAUCUGCGCUUCUUCAGGGGGCGACGUGCUGGAUUGGAGUAAUACUAGGGCACGAUGGUUCAUCCAGUCACCAUUGGAAUACUGUGGAUUCUAACCUGCCUGGCACUUGGCCAAGGAACAACAAAACCCAAGAGUGACGUGUGCGAUGACGAAGAAUGCAAGGAACUUGUUUUGCAGAUAAAAGCACAAAUGGGAAAUUCGACGCCUUGCGAUGAUUUUUACGAGUACGUAUGCGGCAACUGGAAUGGCAGUAGAGAACUGAAAUCAAAGGACUUAAAGGUCAAAGCAGUAGCAGACCUUAUACGGCUUUUGGAUGCCGCCUCUAAACCGACUGAAGAGCCAUUGAAUGCAACGGGGAAAUUGAUUAAUGCCUACAAAUCGUGUACGACACCAGAAGAACAAGCAAAGCUUGCUGAAGCGGUGAAGAGUGUCCUUGACACAUUCGGCUUCAGAGGUUGGCCACUUCUAUACGAGAACCAUGCCUCGGAAGACAAAGACUACAAGGAGAUACUGAAAGAAAUAGGCCCGCGUCCCCUGUUUAACUAUUUUGUAUCUGACGAAAGAUCAAUCCCCAUCAUAACGAUGACUAAACCGAAAGAAUUUUUUGUGUCUUCUGGAUAUGACAACUAUGGGACUUUGCUUUCCUCUCGAAACGAUGAAAGCCCGACUAGUACAUAUAACUACGAUAACUACGACACUUACGAGACACAAGCAGAAGAAGCGUAUGAAUCCUUCAUAGUGGAAGCAAUAAAACUGCUGAACAGCACUUUCCCGCAGGCAAACAUACCUGAAACCGCAAAGAGCAUCAUCCAAUUUGAGAAGGAACUCUCUAAAUACGCUUCUCAAGCCAAGAGUGAAACGAGACAGACGAACCUUUCGGAAUUCAGCCAGACUUUAGGUGAUAGUGUAAGUUGA